CCAAACAAAGCCUUAACCUCAAAAAAAAAAAAAAACCACACACACACACACCCGGCACGCGCGAAGGUCCCGAACUCUUCUACGACCUUCUCUUUGCUUCUUCACUUGAAAUUUCCUCUUAAACCCCACUCUGUUUUAAUUCAUAAACCCAGAAACCAAAGCAAAGAAUAAACCCCAAACAAAACUUUAAUUCUCUCUCGCUCUGUCGUCAAUAUGGCCUCAAGAAGGCUAACUAGGUCCGCUUUCUCAGCUAUUAAAGCAUCAAAAGCAUCAACUCCUUGCCUUUCUCGGGCUCGUGCCAUCUCCGCCAUUGCUUAUUCUUUGCGUAAUUCCCUUAUUUCACCUUAUCUUUCUCCAAAUUUCUACGGAGUAGCAGAGAGCAAUGGCGGCGUCUUCUCUAUCAUUCGCAGCAUCCACUCUUCCACUCCACGAUACUCGUCCGCCACUAGCCCUGCCCAGAUCAAUCAAACAGAUUACACUGACAUGGCCUGGGAUGGCCUUGUUGGAGCUGUUCAAGCGGCAAGGGAUAGCAAGCAGCAAAUGGUGGAAACCGAACACUUAAUGAAAGCCCUUCUAGAACAAAAGGAUGGGUUAGCUAGAAGAAUCUUUACAAAAGCAGGGCUUAACAACACCUCGGUCCUGCAGGCUACGGAUGAGUUUAUAUCAAAGCAGCCUAAAGUGAUGGACACAAGUAACCCUGUAAUGGGAUCAAAUCUUAGCUCCCUUUUAGACAAUUCUCGAAAGCAUAAGAAAGAAAUGGGAGAUAAUUUUGUUUCUGUGGAACAUUUUGUCCGUGCAUUUCUGUCGGAUAAGAGGUUUGGCCAGCAGUUAUUCAAGAACCUCCAGCUCAGUGAGCAGGCUUUGAAGGAUGCCAUUAAAGCUGUUCGUGGGAAUCAGCGUGUAACUGAUCAAAAUCCUGAAGGAAAAUAUGAGGCACUUGACAAAUAUGGGAAUGACUUGACUGAGCUUGCUAGGCGUGGCAAACUUGAUCCUGUUAUUGGCCGUGAUGAUGAAAUAAGGCGGUGUAUCCAGAUCUUAUCAAGGCGGACAAAAAAUAACCCUGUUAUAAUUGGUGAGCCUGGUGUUGGGAAAACAGCAAUUGCUGAAGGAUUGGCUCAAAGGAUUAUACGGGGAGACGUUCCAGAACCAUUAUUGAAUCGAAAGUUGAUCUCCCUAGACAUGGGUUCCUUGCUGGCUGGUGCCAAGUUUCGUGGAGAUUUUGAGGAAAGAUUGAAAGCUGUGCUGAAGGAAGUUACUGCUUCAAAUGGGCAGAUUAUUUUAUUCAUUGAUGAGAUUCACACAGUUGUUGGUGCAGGGGCUACAAGUGGUGCAAUGGAUGCUGGGAAUUUGUUAAAGCCAAUGCUGGGAAGGGGUGAGCUACGAUGCAUAGGAGCUACUACGUUGAAUGAAUACAGGAAAUACAUUGAGAAGGAUCCUGCACUUGAGCGUAGAUUUCAACAAGUCUAUUGUGGUCAACCAUCUGUUGAAGAUACAAUAUCUAUACUUCGAGGCUUGCGUGAACGCUAUGAGCUACAUCAUGGUGUUAAAAUAUCUGACAGUGCUCUUGUUUCAGCGGCAGUUCUUGCAGACCGGUAUAUAACGGAACGUUUUCUGCCUGACAAAGCCAUUGACCUUGUUGAUGAAGCUGCUGCAAAGCUUAAGAUGGAGAUCACUUCUAAGCCCACUGAGUUGGAUGAGCUAGAUAGAGCUGUUCUGAAGUUGGAGAUGGAGAAGCUUUCCCUUAAAAAUGACACUGAUAAAGCAUCCAAAGAAAGGUUAAGCAAGCUGGAAAAUGAUUUGAACUCACUCAAACAGAAACAGAAAGAAUUAACUGAACAGUGGGAUCAUGAGAAGGCUCUCAUGACUAGGAUCCGAUCAAUAAAAGAAGAGAUUGAUAGAGUUAAUCAAGAAAUGGAAGCUGCUGAGCGUGAGUAUGACCUAAGUCGUGCUGCUGAGCUCAAAUAUGGAACUUUAAUGUCCCUUCAACGUCAGUUAGAAGAGGCUGAAAAGAAUCUUGCUGAGUUCCAAAAGUCUGGGAAAUCCUUGCUCCGGGAAGAGGUUACUGAUCUUGAUAUUGCUGAAAUUGUUAGCAAAUGGACUGGCAUACCUUUAUCAAACCUCCAACAGUCAGAAAGGGACAAGCUAGUCUUGCUGGAAAAGGAGCUGCAUAAGAGAGUAAUUGGUCAAGAUAUUGCUGUAAAAUCAGUAGCUGAUGCAAUCAGACGCUCAAGGGCAGGAUUGUCUGAUCCAAAUCGUCCAAUAGCUAGUUUCAUGUUCAUGGGCCCCACUGGUGUUGGCAAAACUGAGCUUGCAAAGGCUUUAGCUGGUUUCCUCUUUAAUACAGAGAAUGCUCUUGUCAGAAUUGAUAUGAGUGAGUAUAUGGAGAAGCAUGCAGUCUCUCGCUUGGUUGGGGCCCCACCAGGCUAUGUUGGUUAUGAAGAGGGUGGACAACUCACUGAAGUUGUUCGUCGAAGGCCCUAUUCUGUAGUUCUCUUCGAUGAAAUUGAGAAAGCUCAUCAUGAUGUAUUCAAUAUUUUGCUACAGUUGUUGGACGAUGGAAGGAUAACUGAUUCUCAGGGAAGGACUGUUAGUUUUACGAAUUGUGUGGUAAUAAUGACUUCAAAUAUCGGUUCUCACUACAUUUUGGAAACUCUCCAAAGUACACAUGAAAGCAAGGAUGCUGUUUACAAUGUGAUGAAAAAACAGGUUGUUGAGUUGGCCAGACAGACUUUCCGCCCAGAAUUCAUGAACCGGAUUGAUGAGUAUAUUGUUUUCCAGCCUCUUGACUCCAAAGAAAUUAGCAAAAUAGUUGAGAUACAGAUGAUGCGGUUAAAAGAGAGACUUAGACAGAAGAAAAUUAAUCUGCACUACACAACGGAAGCUGUUGAACUUCUGGGGACACUAGGCUUUGACCCUAACUUUGGAGCAAGGCCAGUUAAGAGGGUGAUACAGCAAUUAGUAGAGAAUGAAAUUGCAAUGGGAGUCUUGAGAGGAGAUUUCAAGGAGGAAGACUCCAUCAUUGUUGAUGCUGAUUCUUCACCAUCAGCAAAGGACCUUCCUCCCCAAGAUAAAUUAUGCAUUAAGAAAUUGGAAAGCAGUUCAUCACUAGAUGUUAUGGUUGCAAAUGAUUAGUGUUCACUUCACUUUAGUCAUCUCCAGGUUUAAUUUGAUAAAAUGAGUUCAGAUAUUUUGUUUGAACUGCUACUUGACUUUUACAUGAAAACUGUGUUCUUAAAACCUUCAAUGGCAAGGUUUCUCUUCCAAUAUUCCAAUUAUGUAAAGAAAACUGUUGUUUACCGUAUACAACGUGGAUCAUAAUGAGGGCAUUAUCAGAGAAAUUUUAUUUUGAGU